GGGGCACACUACUGGCGUAUAGACGGUGGGAAGAGCUUUUUCAACCGGCUGGAGUCGCAGGAACAUCGGAUUGUGAGUGAAAGGGGUGGACAUGGCAGGCCUUUCGAUAACGUCGCUGGGUCGCGGCCAGUGCUGUAUGCUGUGCUGCAAUCAGCUGUACUCGACGGGGUUCAACAUCUACCAGGCCCGCACUUACCAUGGAGAGAAGAGCUUCUACGCUAAGCUGUUGGAGCUGACAAAUUAUACGGCCAGCAUGCCGCAGCUGGUGAGCGACUCACUCUGCAGCGUCUGCGCCACGAUGGUCUCCCAAGUGGACCAGCUGGAGUACCAGCUGAGCCACGUCAUCUCGCAGAUCCGCGCGCUCUUCCACAAGAUGGUGCAGUCGCAGACGGAGGUGGCCGCCGCCCGGCCGGGCCGCGGCUCUCUCGGCCCGCAAGGCCUGCCGGGCGGCGCGGCACGGACAUCGUCCACUGAGGUGUCGUCGGCCUCCAGCGCGUACCUGCCCGAGGUCAAGUCAGAACCUAGCACAGACCCACCACCACACGCGUCCCCGUACUACGCCAAGAAGCCGCCGAAGGAGUUACACCCCGCCUGUGGUCCUACCCUCCUCAAGGUCAAGACCGAACACCUGAGGAUGCCGCACACCCGCGCCUUCUCCUUCUUUACCAGGAACCGUCCAUGGAAGAACGGCACUCCGUCGGCGACGACAACCCGUCGUCCAUCCUGGACGCCUGGCCUGCCUGCGCCGCCGGCCGAGGCGCCGGCGCCGCUGGUCAGCGCCGCCGCCGGCGCCGGCCAGCCCGACGACGGCCUGUUCAACAUCGGCGCCUUCCUGCAGACCGACCUGCGGGAGCCGUUCGUGCGCACCGUCGAUUCGGAGGACGCGUACCGCUUCCAGUGCGUGCUGUGCAGUAAGCUGGGCGACUCCGCCGAGGUGAUCCGGCGCCACGUGCGCGCCGACCACCCGGGCGCCGACCGCAUCAGCUUCCCCGGCGCGGCGCCAGCCAAGCGCGCCAAGCCGUCGGCCGGUGCGGUCAAGCCCGCCGCCAGCAAGGUGCCCCGCUCCAUAACGGCCAGCUCGCCGGCCAUGGCGCAGAAGAUCGCCGAGCGCGCAUACGUGUGCGCCGGCUGCGACAAGGCGUUCGGCUGCGAGGCGUUCCUGACGCGCCACGUGACGGCGCAGCACUGCGGCCGCAUGUUCAGCUGCCAGUACUGCGGCAAGGAGUUCAGCCGCAGCGACAAGAAGGUGCGUCACGAGCGCUCGCACACGGGCGAGCGGCCCUUCAGCUGCGGCUUCUGCGGCAAGGCGUUCUCGCGGCGCGACAAGUGCACCUACCACGAGAAGAGCCACACGCGCCACCGGCCGUUCGAGUGCCAGCGCUGCGGCGAGGUGAUGUUCUCGGCCGGCGCGUACGCCACGCACCGCCAGAGCUGCUCGGACGAAGCCGUAUGCGUCAGCUACAAGUGGAUCGAGAAUCCCGUGGGAAAGGAAACCCCGACCGGGUACCCAGCGCACACGCGCGAGUAA